UUCCGCAUGAAGAAAAAAAAGAGAACUUUUCUAACCAUCUCUGCACUUCCGGGAAAGCGGCCGAUCGACGCUUUACAACUGCUCGUGCAUGACAAAAUACAAGAAUAACCUACGGAUCAAUACCUGCAUGAUUACUGGCAAUGAUCAACUCACCUUACAAGACAUCAGUGCUCGACUACAUAUGUACUACUACGUGCAAAGCAAGCAGCUGUCCACCGACGAACGAGUGACAGAACGAGCGUAGAAUCGAUGGCGCAUCGUCGUCGUUGUCUCCUCCUCUUGCUCGCCGUGCUGCUGCCGGCGAUGGCGGCAAGGGGCGAUCCCGACGCGGUGCAGGACUUCUGCGUGCCGGACGCCGGGCGUGGGCGGCCGGUGGAGCUCGCCAUGCUCCCGGCCUACCCGUGCAGGAGCCCCGCCAACCUGACGGCGGGCGACUUCGCCUUCUCCGGCGUGCGCGCCGCGGGGAACUUCUCGCCGGAGACGGGGUUCGCCGGCGUGUCCGUCACCCCGGCGCAGUUCCCGGGCCUGCACACCCUGGGGAUGUCCUUCGCCCGCGCCGACCUCUCGGCGGCCGGCGGCGUCAACCCGCCGCACUACCACCCGCGCGCCACCGAGACGGCGCUCGUCCUCGCCGGCCGCGUGUACGCCGGGUUCGUCGACUCCGGCGGCCGCCUCUUCGCCAAGGUGCUCGAGCAGGGGGAGGUGAUGGUGUUCCCGCGCGCCAUGGUGCACUUCCAGCUCAACGUCGGCGACACGCCGGCCACGGUCUACGGCGCCUUCAACAGCGAGAACCCCGGCAUCGUCCGCAUCCCGGCGACGGUGUUCGGGUCCGGCAUCAGGGAGGCCGUCCUCGAGAGGGCGUUCGGGCUCACUCCGGCGGAGCUCCGGCGGCUGGAGAAGAGGUUCGGCCCGCCCAAGAAGGCGGAGAUGGAGGAUUAGCUAGCCGCUUGUGCUUGACCGGCCAUGGCCGUCGGUCGUGGGCAUGAUUAGGUUACUCCCCGUUAGUGAUAAUUAAUGGGUUAUUUCUUUUCAUUUCAUUUGGUUAAUACAGUACUGUAUCAUUUGUGGCGGUGGUUGGGAAAUGGUGAUUAUAGCCUGGUAAUGAUUUGAGGUGUAAGGUUGGUAGAGAUGUAUAAGGAGGCACAGAUGAAUGGAACAAUCGAGAGGGUAACUCAACUUCAAAAUAUGCUCAGUUUUGUUUGUUUGUUUUU